AUGGGUAUCAGAGAUAAGUGUGAUUCUGGUAGGAAGACAGCUGCUGGAGAACCGUCCAGCAUUUCAAGACCAAUAGUAAUCAGGGCCCACGAUUUCAGUUCAGCUAAAUUUGAUGAGCGAACUGUCAUGCUGUGUGACCAAUGUGAGAAGGAAUUUCAUGUUGGCUGCUUGCGUAGAAGUGGACUGUGCGAUUUAAAAGAACUCCCAAAAGACAAGUGGUUUUGCUGUGAUGACUGCAGUAGGAUUCAUAUAGCUCUACAAAAUUCGGUAUCACUUGGACCCAAGAUUGUUCCAGCUUCAUUAUCACAUAUCAUACUUAAGAAGCAUGGAGAUAAAGGAUUGUUUAUUGAUGGAGCAGAGGAUGAUAUUCAAUGGCGAAUUUUAAGUGGAAAAAGUCGAUAUCCAGAACAUCUGCCAUUUCUGUCAAGGUCUGCUGCUAUUUUCCGAGUAAGUUAUUAUUGUACCAGAAAUUCUACUCAUUUCCAUGCUUAUUUAAAGGGUAGCGAUGAUACUAAGUUUUGA